ACCUCCCAUAGAAACUAAUUGACGUAUGUAUGCAUACGUUUGACUCCGUUAGUUGGUAAUACGUUCGGAAUACGUUUUUUCAGACGGAAAACAAAAUCCUGCUUGCAGGAUUUUUUUCUACAUUCAGAAAAGCGGAUUCUUGACGGAGCGUCCAUUCACGUUCAUUGUAGUAAAUGAGAAACGGAUUGUUCAAUUUUUAUUUCGCGGACAUAGCGUUCCUAAAGUACGUUUUUUUUGUUGCUGAACAUGCGCAGAACAAACAGGAACUUACAAACGAAGACAGGAAAACAAGGGAGUGUCAUGUGACAGUCACGUGAGCGCUACUCCUCACCAUUUCUGAAGGCUGAUGUGCAAGUUGGAGAAAGUCUCAAGAAAAGGGGACACUCCGACACUGAAUCCUCUGCUGGCGAGGAAUUGCGUUUUUCUCCUGAACCAAUGGAGUCAACACAGGAGGGUACACAUUCAAUAGAAAAUCCGCGAAGUAGACGUCAUAACGACGAUGAUGACCCAAACAGUCAAAUUGAAAAUCCAUCACCUGUUCAAAAAAGAACUUCCAGGCGUGGUGGUCGCGGACAACGUGGUCGUGGCAGUCGUGGUGGACGUGUAGGCCGUCUGAAAUCAUAUCAACACGCUGGAGGUCAAUACGCGAUAGGUUUAUGCGUGACCUCAAUCAUGAACGAACGGCGCCAAGUGGUUCGGGUACUUCUCGGAGGAAACCUUACCAAUAUGCACCACAUCUUCAAUUUCUUCAACGUUGUUUUCAGCAGCGCAUGACUCAUUCAAGCACACUCCCUCCUGAAGCAGAACCUGUUGAACAUGAGGACUCAACCGAACAAUUGUCUGGACGAUCUACCGAUCAAACUUCAUUACCAUCUCAGUCACAGGAUUCUGCUCUGGAGUCGCGCGGCCGGCAAACUGAGACAUGUGCUCAGAUUGAAAAUACUCGACAGUUCAGUUCUUCUGCCUUUGACAGAGUUUUAAGUAGGCCGAGGCCACUUCGAAGACCACAUAGAGUCUUUGAGGAUCUUGCACUGAUCUUCCGAGAUUGUUUAUUAAAAAUAGAGGAGGAGCAAACUCGGUAUAAGCAAGAGUUAACUUCCAUGAUCAAUCAUGUCAAGGUAGUUUGUCGUCCAGAACCCCUUAACCAUAAUCAUCAGUUUCUCUUAACGUUAAGUCAUUGGAUGGACAACAUGACUCCAGAGCAGAAUUGUGAUUGUCGAGUGACAUUGAUCAAAACUGUUUGGAAUAUUAAACACGCACCAUCCUCUAAUUUUGUUCCUCUGGCUCAGUCGUAUCCACCAGCCACCUCCUACCCAACAUCCAUGACUUCUCCACCUGCUCACUCAUACUCUGAGCCACAUAUCGCUCCCCAGUCACAAAACUUUCAACAGUCACAAAACUUAGCCCUAUCCCAAAACUUUAGCCACUCCCAAAACUUUCCCCCAUCCAAAACUUUACCUACGUACCACAACUUCCCACAGGCCCAAAACGUAGGCACUGCACAAAACUUUCCAGCUUUACAGAACUUUCCAUCAACAUCCCACAUCUUUAUUCCAUCCCAAAGCCAUCCACCGUCCCAAAGACAACCUACGUCCCACCAAUACCCAACGGCUCACACAUUUCCACCUUCUCAAAGCCAUAGCACAUCCGUCAGAUAUCAACCUGCAUCAACCUUUCAAGAGACUUUAAGCCAAUCUCAAUCACAGCUACCUUCCUAUGUCUCUGCACAAACACCUUUCCAAUCCAACAACACUGGAAGUUCCCAAACACGUCUACAGACACCAAGUCCAGAUGUGAUUUCUAUGUCAACUCCAAAUAAAAUCUCCAUAAACGAAGGUGUUUCCACCUCCGUUUUUCCCACUCCAACCACUUUUACUACCCCUUUCUCAAACAAAUCUGUUCCAUACCAAUCUGAUACUGAUUCAUAUUCCCUUCAUACCCCACAACAUCAACAACAGGGUGAAUAUGUCAGACCACAACAUUCGUUCAUGCAAUCACUUCUAGACCAAAGUGCAGAAGAUGCUGGGUCCCCAACUGCAGCCCCAGGAAAGGCUCCAUUCACUCAACCACCACCCUAGUUAACAAAAUAUAUAUUAUGUUUUAAAGUUUAUAAAUGAGUACCUCACAAGGUUUAUAUUGACCACUGUGUCAAUUUGUUGAAGUUUAUAAAUAAGUACCUCACAAGGUUUAUAUUGACCACUGUGUCAAUUUUUGGAAGUUUAUAAAUAAGUACCUCACAAGGUUUAUAUUGACCGCUGUGUCAAUUUUUGCACUUUAAUGAUGUUGAACUUGAAAGAUUUUAUAUAUGUUUUAUACUUUUGUAUUAUUAGAUUAAUAAGGAUGUUUCAGAUAUGUGUGUAAUUAUUGUGCACUUAUCAGCUUUCAGAAGCCGAUACAAGCUGCUAAAUAUAGGCAGGUGGUUUGAUUUCCUCGUUCGGACGUUUAGAUUUUCAAGAACUAACAUGAUAAUCAUAGCAGAUUGGACCCUAAAAAGAGUAAUUGGCCUUAUUAUUCAUGAUUUCUUUAUCUCCUGCCCAAGGUGCUGAUGACUUACAGUUUUCCAACUAGUCUUUUUUCCUUAUAUUAAGGAGAAAAAUGCCAUUCAUCAGCACAUGGGUCAGAGACACAGAGAUUAGCUACCAUGACUAGACUCAAAUUGGUUCAACUCUUUUACGGUAAUGGACUGCAAUGAUUAUGAUGAUAGUUCUUGUUUACCACUUGUGAGUGAGUGACACAGUACACAAAUCUUUAUACUGUCACUUAUUCACCACCUUGCGUGGUCUGCACAAAGCUGAUGACUUUUUCAUUCACCUGUUGUUCCA